UCUCUCCUCUUGGAAUCUUCUCCGUCUUUCCCUCCUUUGCAAAAAAAUAUGCAGGGAGGAGAGGAGGAGAAAAGAGAGCGAGGAAGCGGGGAAAGUUGGUAGAGGAGCGCGAGAGAGGGGAGAGGAGCAGAUGGGAGGAAGGAAGGAAGGACAGGAUCGCUCGAGUGCCGCGACAGAUGAAUAAACAAAUAUAUGAAUCAAAGCCUAGAAUAAAAGGCGAGUUAUAGGCGCGCCGCCGCGGUGCGUGGACGCGGACAAGAUAGCGGCGGUGCGCGCUGGAGCAGCCGAGUCCUGAGUGGGUCUCACUCCUCAUGUUCUCCAAACUCUCGGCGAGGCUCCCUCAACUUCUCGGUGUCUGAAGAACUCCCCCCCCCCUGUGCCUCUGCGUCCCUGCCAGCACCCUCUCCCCGGAAAAGAAGACACGAGGACGGCAGUGGAGGAAGGAGGGAAGAGAGGACUUUUGUGUUCCUUCCGAGGAGUCUAGCUCGCCGCAGCCGGAGUUUAGGCGUCGGCGCCCGGGCAGGCAGUCCCUCGCCAUGGCCGGGGCCAAGCCGGGAGUCCAUGCGCUGCAGCUCAAGCCCGUGUGUGUCCACGAAGCGCUGAAGAGGGGAGGGAAGUUCAUCAAGUGGGACGAGGAGCCCAACAGCGGGAAUCCCAUCCUGGUAACCCUGAGAGUUGACCCAGAUGGAUUCUUCCUCUACUGGACUGGAGGGUCCUCCCUGGAUGUGGAGGUUCUGGACAUCAGCACCAUCAGGGACACCAGGACGGGAAAGUACGCCAAACUACCAAAGUCUGAGGGACUAAAGCCAGAUGAUUUCACGUGGGAGGCCUUCCAGAAGUUUCUCACCAGCCUCUGUCUCCGGCCUGAGAUACAAAGCAUCUUCGAGAAAAGUGGCUCGAAGAAGAAGCCGUUCAUCUCCCUGGACCAGCUGACGGACUUCAUCAACCACACGCAGCGAGACUCCCGACUGAACGAGGUGCUGUACCCCCCGCUGAAACGAGAGCAGGUCCGACAGAUCAUGGAGAGAUACGAGACCAACUACAGCCAGCUGGAUAGAGACCAGAUCAGUUUGCAGGCUUUCAUCCAGUACCUGGGAGGAGAGGAAAACAGCAUCGUGCCUCCAGAGCAGCUGGACAUCAUCGACGAUAUGAACCAACCGCUGUCACACUACUUCAUCAACUCCUCACACAACACGUACCUCACAGUCGGUCAGCUGACCGGUCUGUCGUCAGUGGAGAUGUACAGACAGGUGCUUCUGACCGGCUGCCGCUGUGUGGAGCUGGACUGCUGGAAGGGACGACCGCAAGACGAGGAGCCCUACAUCACCCACGGCUUCACCAUGACUACGGAGAUCCCCUUCAAGGAGGUGAUUGAAGCGAUUGCGGAGAGCGCCUUCAAGACUUCGCCGUACCCCGUCAUCCUCUCCUUUGAAAACCACGUCGAUUCGGCCAAGCAGCAGGCCAAGAUGGCUGAGUACUGCCGGACCAUCUUCGGAGACGCCCUGCUCAUCGAUCCACUGGAGAAAUAUCCGCUGGUCCCAGGUCAGCCGCUCCCGUCGCCUCAGGAGAUGAUGGGGAAGAUCCUCAUUAAAAACAAGAAGAAGCACCACCACCACCGACCCUCGAGCAGCAGUAGCAUACGACGCAGGGAGCUGGAGGAGGAGUCUUUACCCAACACUGACGGCCUGUUGACAGAUGGCGAGGGGAGCCAGCUGCUGUCCAACGGGGAGGAGAAGCUGGCUGAGAGGAUGGUCAGAGACUUGGAGCCUCGCAAGUCCAUCGGAGGCGAGGGGGAAAGCGAGGAAGAAGAGGAGGAUGAAGCGGUGACAGAGCCUAAGAAGCCGAACACUGACGAGGGCACGGCCAGCAGUGAGGUGAACGCCACAGAGGAGAUGUCGACCCUCGUCAACUACAUCGAACCUGUCAAAUUCAAGAGCUUCGAGGUGGCAGCCAAAAGGAAAAAGUUCUUUGAGAUGUCAUCGUUCGUGGAAACCAAAGGCAUGGACACCCUGAAGAGCUCCCCUUUCGAGUUUGUCGAGUACAAUAAGAACCAGCUGAGCCGAAUCUACCCGAAAGGCACGCGGGUGGACAGCUCCAACUACAUGCCUCAGCUCUUCUGGAAUGUCGGUUGCCAGAUGGUGGCGCUAAACUUUCAAACUCUUGAUCUUCCCAUGCAGCUAAACAUGGGGGUGUUUGAGUAUAACGGCCGCAGCGGCUACCUACUGAAACCCGAGUUAAUGAGGACAGACAAACAGUUUGACCCUUUUACAGAGGACAUAGUGGACGGGAUCGUCGCCAACACAGUCCAAAUUAAAGUGGUCUCAGGUCAGUUCCUAGCAGACAAAAAGGUGGGCGUGUAUGUGGAAGUGGACAUUUUUGGACUUCCUGCUGAUACAAAGAGGAAGUACAGAACCAAAACGUCCAAUGGGAAUUCACUGGACCCCGUGUGGGAUGAUGAAGUAUUUAUCUUCACUAAGGUGGUCCUCCCUACGCUGGCCUCUCUGAGGAUAGCAGUGUUUGAAGAAAACGGCAAGUUUAUCGGUCACCGCAUCCUCCCGGUGUCGGCUAUUAGACCUGGUUACCACUACGUUAACCUGAAGACGGAGUUGAACCAGCCGCUCCUCCUGCCGUCCCUGCUGGUUUACACUGAGGCUAAGGACUACAUCCCUAAUGAGCACCAGGACUACAUGGAUGCUCUGGCCAACCCCAUCAGUCAUGUACAAAAGAGGGAGACACAGCUGGCUGCUCUUAUAGAGGACAAUAGUGAGCAUGUCCCCAACCAGCCCAGAGACAGAGAGAGCAAGAAAGAGUGUGAAGUCAUUCCCUCCCCUUCGCACAACUCCCCCCCCUGCCCAUGGGAGGAACCCUGCGACAUCUUCAAAUCUCCUCCACCAGUACCAACUCAGAAGGAGGACCUCAUAGCCAACGUUCUGACAGACGUCAAUGUCAACUCUAUCGAGGAGCUGAGGCAGCAGAAGUCCUAUUUGAAGCUGCUGAAGAAGCAGAGCAAAGAACUCAAAGAGCUGCGGAAGAAACACCUCAAGAAGGUGUGGAAUCUCAGUAAGGAGCAGAAUCGGAGUAGCAAGCUUCAGUCCGACACCGAGAGGAGACGCAGUCAGAUGGAGAAACAUCUCAAACGUAGCAUUAAGAAAAAUGAACCACAUGAGCCGGUGCAGCGUGAGUUGAAGGAGUUGGAUCAGGAGCUGGAGAAGGAGAAGGUGCAGCUGAGGGAGUGGCAGUUGAAGGCAUUGCUGGAACUACGACAAGAGCUUCACUUGUUGGAGAGAGAGAAGCAACAAACACAUCUGCAAGAGACCUUCCAGAAGUUAAAGGACACAGCCAAUGAAUGCCAGGCAGUUCAGCUGAAGAAGCUCAGGGAGCUGUGUGAGAGUUCCCCGCCAUAUUUUCUUCAAACCUUCCCAUCCUUCCCUCCCUCCCCCCUCUUCUCUUCUCUUCUCUCUUUCCUCACCCUACAGCUGGAGCAGGCUCAGAGCAGGAGACAGGAGAAGUUGAUGCUGAGGCAGCGGGAGGUGCUGCAGCACAUAGACGAGGAGCUCCCACUGCUUAAGUCCCAGUUAGAGAAGGAACUGGAGGAGGAGUACAAGCAACUGCCGGAGGAAAUCUUUCAGCACCUGGAGCAGGAGCUGAAGAACAAAGGUCUCAGCAAGGACACCCUGUUCUCGCCCUUUUCCAAUAACAGCAGCUCCACCCCCAAGUCCGGGCCGCCCUCCAACUGCUCCACACCCUCUUAUCCUUCGACGCCCAACACCUGGAACAGGAGCAUGGACAAUAGCACCGCCUCGCUGGCCGACUCGACGUCCUCGUCCACCACUCCCGGCCUGUCGGAGGUGGAGAUGUCGUUCAGUUGAAGUGACUAAAACUAUUACGUGUAAAAAGGAAAAUACAUUCAACUGGGGUCUAUAAUGAUUAAUAUGUGGGAUAGUAAUGAUAUAGAUUAUUUACUAAUUUUAUUCCUUUUAUUAUUCCUUUUUAUGACAGACUGUUUUAUUUGUGUCUACAGAGCUUUAAUAUUUUUAAUUUUGCAGUCAGAUGACACAUCGUGCCAUUAGUUGGAAGAUUUCAUGAGAAUCAUAACCGAGCAUUUGUUUUUAAAUUUUUUGUUUUUUCAUUCUAUCCUGUCAUACCCUAUUCUUUGCAUCAUUUCUAUUGUUGUUCUGGUCAGUAAGCUUUGCUACAGUUUUGCCACAACACAGAUUUGUUUUGAACUCUUUGCAAAAGCUUUUAAAUUGUGAAAGGAGCAGGGUUAGAAAAGGUAAUAGAAAAGAUAACUCUUGCAAUAUUUUGCUUGUAGCGACACCUGACCACUGUCAUCAAUUCACAAAAUGCCUUCCCCUUCAGACAAAUAAAACAGGAACAAAACAUCUUAUCCACAAGUGAUCAAGAUUAUAGAAAUAUGUUCCCGAGAUGAAAUAUCAAGAAGAAAGUUUUAACCAGAUUUUAAAAAGGGUUUCAGAAGUUAUAGCUGUAAUGUCAGUAUGUGACCAGUAAGUGGUGCUGCAACCUCUGUGAUUUGAGCUGCCCAUUCAUCUAGUUUAAUUGUUAUACUGCACCUCAAUCCCUCUCCAGGAUUUGUAGCAUCAUUGGUCAGGAUCAAGCUUUUGGCCAUUAAUCUUAAAUCAAGGCUGAAUAGGGAGUAGUCUCCAAACUCAAUUUGAGAAAGAAUUUUCUCGAGGUUCGCAAACCUCCCACUUUUCUCAAGCUUUGACUUCACAAUCCUCCAAAUUUGAAGCAUUCCCUCUUAUUGCCAUCGUGGAAAACUGUAGUUCAGCUCCUGUUUCCAGAAUCGACAUAGGAACAACAUAUGGACAUUUAACAUCAGGGUAAAUAUGCUUUUUAAAAAGUGUGUUAGGUACUUAAUUUAAAAAUCUGUGGUUUUAUUUUCAUCAAACCUUUUUCUGCUUUUUAUUUUAAUUUUUUAAAUGAUGUAAAUGGUUGAUGCUUUUCCAUUCUUGUCCACUUUGAGGGGUAAAAUGUUGGCACUCUAUUUUUGUGUAUUGUGUGUAUAUGUUUGGCUGUAUGUGAAUUUUACUACUGACCACAAGUGCUGACCACAAGGGGGGCUGAGGUCGGGGGAGGUUAAGGACGACCUGAGAGAUUCCUGUCUUGUCCUCCGUCACCUCCCUCCUUUCGAUGAGCACUGGCUGCCUGUCUGUCUGAUUACCCCCCCCUCUUCCUCGUAUAUGCGCGCACACAUACCCCCUUGUAAACUAUUAUCUAUUUAAAUGGAAUUUCAACAA